GUCUUUAAGAACAAAUGCAAGUGGCAAGAUGGAAGAGUGGGAGAAGAUUUUUGAACAAAGUCGUGUUAUCCCGCAGCAUAAGAAUAGAAGCAGACAUUCCCUUAGUGAAUCUUCAGCUUUUCAGGUUUUCAUAAGAACUUUUGAAGGAACCAUAAUUAAACAGAGUCAUUCAGAAGCACUUUUAGAAGGAAGUUUUCAGAUCAGAAUUUCACUUUUUGACGGUACUUAUCACCAUUUCUUUGGAAGAACAUGGAAAAGUGUUCCCAAACCGAUAAAAAACAUACCUGGUCAGACUCCAAAAGUUAUUUUCAAUGAGCCCAUCUAUUUCCAUUCAGCACUAAAUGACCCCAGCAUCGUUGCUGUGGUUGAAGUUAUCGCAAUAACCAGAAGAAAAGAUGGAAUAAAAGAAGAAGUGCCAUGUGGUUUUGGAAUUAUAACCUUGUUCAGCAGUCAGCCUGAGGAAGAUCCUGUCGAUCAGACCAGAAGGCUAAAGCUUUAUCAUGGAACACCUCGAGCACUUCUGCAUCCAGCCUGCAAGGACCUCAGUGAGUUGAGCAAACAUAUGACAAUGAUUGAAAACAGCCUCAUGCAAUACACGGUGCGGCCUCACGGAGCGCUAGAUGGAGUAAUGCACUUGCUUCCUCAAAACAUUCUUGUUUCUGGUUCUGAAAAAAUUCCGGGUAUAAUUCCAGCACAAGAUGCAUCAGGUGAUGGACUUAAGAAACCGUGUCUUCAGAAGUCUGUGAUUUGUUACUUAGACAAACUAUCUUUGUUUCUCUAUCCCAUGUUGGAAAAAUUUGAAGAAGAACUAGCAGGAUUGGUCAAUAGUGACCGUUUACCAAAGAAUAAUUCUAGAACUGAUGGUGCUGUCGUAAUAAUUCAAGAACGAAGGCUUCAUAUCGGAGUUCACAAUGGCUGGGGAUUUGUGCAGACCCCACAAGUUGUAGUUGUUGUACCAGAAACAGAAGUGGUCAGAAAACGUUCCAGUACGAAUUUAGUAAAGAAACCUUCUUCGCAACAAAAAAUAAGCUCCACAGUACAAGCCUUAGUGUUAAGGAGCCGCAUCCGUCUGCCUGAGAUGGUUAAUCAUCCUGGAUUUGCUAUCGUCUUUCAACUUGAAUAUGUCUUCAGUGUGCCUAGUGGAGUCAGCAGUAAGGUACCAUCUGCCACGUGUGUCUCUAAUACUUCAUACAUGCACAUGAUUCGUUGGGCUUCUUGGAAUCCUCACCUGGAAUCUGGCUCUUCACAAGUGACCUUACCCAUGCAUGGAGGACCUCAACCCAGCCCCAGUAAUAGCUUUGUAUACAAGAUACCACCGACGAACAUGAGCUCGGAUGAGGUGCAACAGGUGGAAGCAGGGACAGUGCAAUUUGAAUUUUGUGUCCGAUCAGAGCAGUCAUUGGAUGAGACAGACCGAAUCGGUGAAGAGCUUAUUCACUCCAAGCAAAAAAUAUCAAAUUCAAAGAUGGUGUCUCAGAACCAUGUUUCCCUUCAAGAGUCUCAGUUAGGACCUGCGUUGUCAAUGUCCCAGUUGAGUACAUCAUCACGUUAUCCAACAAUAAGUCAUUCAUCUAAAAUAUCCCAGCAGCUAGUCCCAAGCCAGCUCAUGCCUUCUCCGAUGGCCUACCAAAAUUCUCAUGCGGAAUUCCCAUAUGUGAGUGGUAUAGCACAUCUUGAAGCUGAAAUGAGUCAAACUAACCAGGAUUUGUCUAGUGGUGACCAUUUACAAGAACUGCUUUUUUCUCCAGUCCAUGCUCCUAUUGUUGCACUGGGAACGCAGACUGGGAGCUCUACAUCUAUUCUUUCUCGAGCUGCAUUAGCCCGUCUUAAUUCUAUUGGCUUUCCAGAAAUUUUAGACUGCAAUAAUGAAGUGGCAGAAGUGUUAGAUCCGUCAAGCCCGGUGAACUUCAAUCCACAGAGAGAAGAAGCUGAUUAUCUACAAUGUAAUGAAAUUGUUUUGCAGUUUCUUGCAUUCAGCAGGGUGCAAGAAGUUGAGACAUCUGCAACAUGGCCUCAAACAAUUUACUUCACUUUCCAGUUUUAUCGUUUUCAACCUGUAACCACUGCUCGCCUAGAGCUCCUAAAACUAAAUCCUUCCAGUAUUGCUUCCACUGAUUCCUCAACACAUGUCUUAAUGCAAAUUAAUAAGGAUGGUUCCAUCAAUAAAGGAUCACCAGGAUAUCAGCUCAAAUACAUGGUUGAUCCUGGGUUCCUGAAGCCAGGAGAACAGCGCUGGUUUUUGCGUUACCUGGCUCUCCAAACACUCCAGAUUGACAUUUGGGAUGGGAAUUCAUUGCUCCUCAUUGGAUCUGCUGCUGUAGAAAUGAAGCAUUUAUUACGUCAAGGUCGCACAGCAGUCCAGGUGUCUCAUGAGCUUGAAGUCAUUACUACAGAAUAUGAACAAGACAUGGUUAUGAGCGGAGACAUCACAAAGCAAGGCACAGUCAAACCUGUUGGAGUGCAUACUAUUAUCAAAGGCAGGCUUCAUCUUCGCAUGGGUAACAUCGGACAUCUUGCUGAACAAAAACUGAAGAGAUCUGAGUCACUUCCUCCAUCUAAAUCUCGAAUCAUCUCUGCACACGAUGGUAGAAGUAGUUUCCGUGGAGGUAGCUUGCUUUCCAAAACAGGUUUGUCAGCAGGGAAAACUAUUUCCCAAGCUCAGAAGUUGGCUGACUUAGACAGCGAAUUGGCAGCAAUGCUCUUCAGCCGAAUGAAAGACGUUAGCAUUGCCUAUCAGCAUAAAGACAGCGAGACAGAUGCCAUGCAGAGACGCAAGAUGGAAAGGAUGAUGGCAGUGAGACAACAGGAGUCGCAAGAGAACAUUAACCUAAGAAAAUCACUCCUACUGGCUCAACAUGAAGAGCGCACUCAGCACACCAGAGAUUUGCAGAUUAUCGAAGCAUACAGAGAACGCACCAAGGCAGAGUGUAUCUCGAGUAUGCUGAAUCAGGCCAUUACCUCAAAUUACACUGUCUAUGCUACAAUGGGCACUGCAGAAUUCUUUGAAUUUGAGCUGAAAAAUCCUUACAACAUUCAGUACACCGUAUCCAUUGAGAUUGAUAACCCAGAUCUCAGAGUCAUUGUGGAUACAAAGGAAUGGAGACAUUUUAAGAAUCUAACAAACACAUUGACUCCCAUAGAAGAGAAUAUGUUUCAUGUUGAGCAAAAUUUGACAAACCCACAUCUCUAUCUGAGGCCCAAGGAGACCGUCUACAUUCCAUUUAAAUACCAGAUUUUCUUUGUUGACCAUACCGCCAUGCAAUGGCAGAGUCCCGGGGCUGGUGGAUUGCUGAACAAUACAGAUGGAAUGUCACACUUCAAACCAAAUGCAAUGUCAUCCAAGAAGAUUAAGGUUUCUUUUAAGACUUCGGAUGGAAAACCUGUGGCAAUUCUUCAAGUACAUAUUGAACCCCAACCGCAUGUUGUUGAUCAGACCUUUCGAUUUUAUCAUCCGGAACUGACAUUCUUGAAAAAAUCCAUACGAUUGCCUCCAUUGUUCACUCUUCCAGGAGCUCCAGUCGGAAUGCCAGGUCAAGAGCCAGACCUUCAUGUACGCUGCAGUGAUCCGAACGUUAUCUGUGACACCAAGAAAAUGGGAUACGGAGAACCCCAAGAUGUGUUUUUGAAGGUUGCUGGAGGACCAAGUCCACAGAUAAAAAAAUUCUUUGUCGCACUUUACACGGAUCCAUGGCUUGCUACUCCUGUUCAGAUUUGGCAGAUAUAUGUUCAUUCUCUUAAAAGAGUAGAUGUUAGCUGCGUAACUGGUCAGCUAACCCAACUGUCCCUGGUUCUACGCGGCACUCAAGUCAUCCGGAAAGUGAAAGCUUAUAGUUCUCACCCACAAGAACUAAAGGUUGAUCCAGACAGUGUGUUUGUGCUCCCUCCAAGCGGAAUACAGGACCUGCACAUUGCUGUGCGCCCAUCUAAAGCAGGAAACAGAUUCAUUUACCUCAACUUAGUAGAUGUGGAUCAGCAUCAGCUUGUGGCAUCCUGGCUGGUGUGUGUUUCAAGCAGGAAUCCGAUCAUUUCCAAGGCCUUUGAAAUUACUCUUACUGCUGGAGGAGAAAAGGGAUGCAACAAAAGGAUUACUUACACCAACCCUUAUCAGACCAAGAAAUGUUUUUUUCUUUAUACAAACAGGGCCGAUCUUUUGCAAUUCAAAGAAAACACAUUUGAGGUCGGCGGCCGAGAAACAUACACAAUUGGUUUGCGAUUUGCACCAAGCAGAAACUGCGGUUCAGAAGAAAUUUUGAUUUUCAUAAAUGACCAAGAAGAUAAAAAUGAAGAAACUUUUUGUGUGAAGGUCAAAUACGAACCAGCCAAAUAAACAGCAUGAACUCUGGCAGUGAUUUGAAAUU